CUAGAUGUCAAUUACAACAUUACACGAUGGAGUGGUCAGUCCUACUGUCUGAUGAUCGUUCUGUCCUCAUACUAGACGUUCAAUGUGGCAUGUUUCAGAUAGAUCCCAACCAUCUUCUGCUAAUGAUGAACAUAACAAUGUUAAGUCUCACCCUAUAUUACCUCAUCAAAAGACGUCCAAACUGCGCUUUGUCUCUUCUGUAGAGUUUAGGCACUCUUCAGGAGAAACCUUAACAACUCAAUUGAGUCCAAGCAGUCCAACCGAGGACAGCUCUGGGGAAUCUCGCAGCAACAGACCACGUCUACAGCGUUCAACAGGACAAAGCAAGAAAACUUUUCGCUUAAGAAAAAGUCGAAGGAGUCGUAUUGAAGUGUCACAUAUAAAAUUGGAGUCCCCAGAUACUUCCAAUCAACCGAUGGCAUCAACUCCACCAACAGCUACGGAACUAUCAGUUUCUGGUAUCCCAUCUGAAUCAUCAUCAAUUCGAUCGAAGCGUAGUCUAUCUGCUCGUCAAGGACACAAUGAUAGUCGUGGUAAUCAUCAACAAUCGGACAUAUCGUGGGACGAAGAUACCAGCGUGGUUUCGCAAACUUUGAGUACUUCCGGUUAUCGCGAAUCUUAUAGCAUGCAACUUAUCUCAUUGGAAAGUGGAAUUCAAUCAGCUCCGCCCUUGGCCUCACCUGAUCUCAACGAUCUGCCCUCUACCAGUAGCGCUACAACGAAUUACAUUGUAUGCGAUGGUAGCUCACCUGAUUGUUCGAUUAAUGGAAGUGGAGGAGAAAAAACUGCCUUAUUAACAAACAGUCAGCGAUCAUUGUCCCAGCAUUCUCUACUUAUGAGUUGA